AGACCCUGCCCCAACCUCCCACCCUCCAAUUCCAGCUCGGUUUAGCUGGACUUAAGUUUUUCCGCGGAUCCACUUCCAGAUAGUUCUCUGGCGUUUCUCGGGAAUUUCGGAUUCUAGGUCGUGGAGAGUAAUUGGGAAGAGAGAAGAUGAGCUGGGCGUUCCUGACCAAGUUGCUGGAGGCUGUGACCCAGCACUCCACCCUGGUGGGGAAGCUCUGGCUCUCCGUGCUGGUCGUUUUCCGACUAGUGCUCCUGGCCGUGGGUGGGGAGGCCAUUUACCGGGACGAACUCAGUGGCUUCUCCUGCAACACAGCACAACCUGGCUGCCUAAAUGUUUGCUACGAUACCUUCGCGCCUCUCUCCCACGUGCGCUUCUGGGUAUUCCAGAUCGUCCUGGUCACUGCGCCCACCGUGUUUUAUCUGGGCUAUGCCGUGCACCAUCUGUCCCGGCGCCAGAUGACCCAGAAGCUAGAGGAGGAGGAGUCUCUGAUCCCGGGAAAGAAGUCCUGUAAGGAUGGGGCCCACGAUGGUCACAGGAGGAUCCGCAGGGAUGGGCUCCUAGGGGCCUAUGUCGCCCAGUUGCUGGUGCGGACUGCCUUAGAGGUGGCCUUCCUAGCGGGCCAGUAUCUGCUCUUUGGCCUGAAAGUGCCUCCCGACUAUGACUGCAAGCAGAAUCCUUGCCCUCAUGUCGUCGUUUGCUAUAUAUCUCGUCCCACGGAGAAGACCAUCUUCCUGCUGGUCAUGUAUGCAGUCAGUGGCCUCUGCCUCCUGCUCAAUCUGAUCGAGUUGCUGCACCUGGGCCUGGGGAGCAUAAGAAAUGGUAGAAGCCUGAAAAAUGGUGGACAUCACCCUGCCCCAUCUCCUCAUUCCAAGGCUGGCAAGCUAGAACAAAUGCAGAGACAGUUGAAUCUGGUCCAGGAGCAAAUGGGCAUGGUAUUCAAUCAGGGCCCUCUUUUGGCUACAGAACCUACCUCUACAGGGCAGUCUCCAGACUACAGUUUAUUUGCUCAGCAAAACUGGCAUAACCAAGCCCAGAAAUAGGCCCUGCUCUCCAACACAGGUCUGUGAAAAGUGGAUUUAUUUACAGAUUUUCAUCACAACUUGAACUUGGCAUCUGGACUCUGGAAGGGAAAAUCUAGAAAUAUAUAUAAAGGAAAUGGUGUUUUGUUUAGUACUUGAUCUUUUAAUGAGCUAUUUUAAGGUGAGUGUUCAUAGGUGGUCCCUUUUAUACUCCUCACCACCUGAAACCUGUCACAAUCAAAUGGCCACCUUUUCCUUAAACACCACCAGAGAAUUGGACUAUCCAGAAUAAUGGACCUAGAAACAAUCCUGAGAAUGGAACCCACAAUCAUAGAAGAGUCUGAAGGGUUGGGCUUCUGGGUUGUGAAUGAGGUAUUUUGGGCAUUUGCUAGAGUAGUCUGUCUUAGAGAUAAAGCCUUCUGCAACUUGACCUAUCUACUGGCUUUUGGUAUUUGAGUCUAUAAGUUUUGUGGACCAAUAAACAAUGUUUGUAUUAAA